CAUCCCAGCGUGCAGCGCGCAGUGUGGAAGUGGCCAUCUUAGGAUAACAACUGGUAGACAAAGCUGCGAAGUCCUGCGACCGAGGACUGGUACCCACCAACAUCUAGGACCAUGUCCGACUCGGAGAAACAACCCGAGGAAACUAACAUCGAAGCCACAACUGAACCCGAGAUAGAGAAGAAAGUUAUUGCAACUAAGGUCUUGGGAACAGUGAAGUGGUUCAACGUCAAAAGUGGCUAUGGAUUCAUCAAUAGAAAUGACACCAAAGAAGAUGUCUUUGUGCAUCAGACUGCCAUCGUUAAGAACAACCCACGCAAGUACCUGAGGAGUGUUGGGGAUGGAGAGGUUGUUGAAUUUGACGUUGUUGAGGGAGACAAGGGUAACGAAGCGGCGAACGUGACUGGCCCAGAGGGCGCUCCUGUCAAGGGCAGCAAGUUUGCCGCGGAUCGCCGGCGGUUCAGGCGCCGCUACUACAGCGGCGGAUCCCGGCGUCGAAGAGGCACUGGCAGCCAGAACGGCGAUGAGGAGUCGGAGGAGCAGAGCGGAGAGCCGAUGUCGGACAGCGAGGGAAAGCCGAGGCGGCCCGCGCCCGCUCAACGACGCACCUACAACAUGCGCCGCGGAAUGGCCCGCAGACCACGUGGACCACCAAGGGAUGGAAACACCAGUGGGGAGGGAGAGGAGAGGAAGGAGGGAGAGGAUGGGGACGGUCAGGAGCGCCGCCGCCCACCCCGCAGAUUCAACGGCGGCCGCUACCGCAGGGGUGGCGGCCGUGGCCGUGGUACCCGCCCAGACGGAGGCAGGGACAGUGGAGGAGAGGGAGAAGGGGACAACAAGGAAAAUCAGUCGGACAACCCUGAUGGCCCCAGGAGGCGCCGCCGUCGCCCCCAGCGUCGGCCGCGGGGACCGAAGCUCGAGGGAGGGGAGAACAAGGAGAACAGCGAGCCAAAGGAGGAUGGCGAUGUAGCACCGGAUGGUGAAGACGGUGGGGUUCUACAGUCGAUCGAUCACGACUCGCAGGGUCCUGCGCAUGAUAACGACACCAACAAGGAGGACAAGGAGGACAAGGAGGACAUGGCAGAGUGGCAGGCCGCUGAGGCGUCGCCGUCGCCGCCGCCGCAGCCACCGCAGCCACAGCAGCCACAGGAAGAGGAGACCGCCGCCUAGACUUUCCCCCCCGCCGCCGCGCCCAGCGCCGCAUGCAGACCACCGAGACGUGACGUUGGUGUGGUUCGAGGCGUGACCGCCGAUUGCUGCUCGAUGAAAGGUCAUCGUCGCCAUCAUGAUGCCUUCAACUCUCGCCGUUACAGUGCGAACGCUCACAGGCCCGCGCCGUGAGCCGCAGCUGCUGCGCCGCGUGGUGUGCACGUGCGGGAUAUCACCGAGUCAAUCGCGCAAGAGUGUGAAAGCAGAAGAGGACUUUCCUGUUCCAGCCUUUUGACAUUUUGAGCUCAAAAUCGAUACAACUCAUGUUUGCUGAGCUGGUGAGGUCUCUUCGGCUUUCCGAGGGCCAUGUCUCGAACCUAUCAGAAUCUGUAAAUAGCUUUGGAGUUUGAAUCGUGGAGACCCUGCAUCUAGUAUUCGUGAUGUUACAAUCGUUAUCAAUGAAAUUAACUCGUUUGAUUAAGUAAGUUGCACCUCGCCCGAAAAUCUGCACGAUUUGCCUGAAGCACGAUCUUUAGUUGACAAGUACGAUGUUUCGAGUAUCAUUUGUAUGAUUUAUACAUGGUUUUAUUACGUAGUCUUCCGGAUAAAUGCGGCGUGAUAUGCAAAGCUUUCUGCAGCAGCCGAAGCAAUACGCAGUGAGGGUGUAGUUUUUUGCACUUACCAUAUAGGUUUUUGUGAUUGUAAUCAUGCAGUGGUUCUCCAUGGUCCGAUGCCAUUCUUCGGUGGUCUGGCAGCAGUUUAUUAACAUCUUUAGUCGAGAGCUUGUUUGUGAAAUGGCCGAUAAGGAGCCAGUUACCAUCAAUAGCACGAGAACACCUGUUAACAUUCUUGUCUGAUUUGUCGAGUGUUUGAAAAGCCGCCAAGUCCAAAUGAGAAUCUUUGAGCCUGAACGUGAGACAGUUGCGUGUAAUUACAGUGCUGCAAUUGGUAUUCAAGUCUUUCCCACAAAAGCCAUCUACAUUCAAUGGCAUCGUUUCCUCAUUUCACCACUUGGUGCGCUGCAAUCAGUAAGCAGCUGCAGCCAUAGGUCGGUCGAACGCAAACUGUUGUGCAUUUUUCGAUUUAUCCACACACUGUUUAUAUGCAAUACGUUCGUUAUUCCCAUGUAUUGAGAAACGAGGUGAAAGAAUCGUGGAACAUCACUGGCUCAAAGAAUCAGUUUGGGUGGUUAAAUGCAGCGGCGACUUUGAUCUAAAGAAAGGCGAAGAAUACCAAAUACUACCACCCAGAGAGAUAACACCGUAACAUCAUUUGUAGAGACCCGCGCCAGCCUGGUUGUGAAAGAUGCCGAGGGCUUCCAGUGGGGGCACUUAGGCCGUCUGGCGAUCACGGCAAGCAGCAGUCUAUAAACAUGCAACAUCACCAUUGUUCUGUUUAAUCGGAUGAAAGAAGAAAAAAACUUUUGUAAGAGGACCUUUUUGUGUCAACGGUUUACACCAUUUUUGUAGACUUGUCAAGUUUUUAGUGUGUGUGAGUGUGCGUCUAUUAGCUAUGAUCUGGAAACUGACGGUUCAUGUAGCAAAGCUGCAUAGCCGCUGGUCUCCAUGUUCAAGGCUACUGUGGUACCGAGUUCUUUUCAGAGGAAAACUUUAAUUUCAUACUGAUUAAUAUUAGCCUUAUAUUCUGAACCUAACUGUUAACUAACCGGCAAACUAAACUUGACAAGUUUGCUGUUUAAUACUACCAGCCAAGGUCUUUUAUAACAACACCGCACACCUGACGGACUUGAUCAAUGCAUUUCCAUCAAACAAACCAAAAAUUUGGGUCAAUAAAAGUCGUCUUGUAUAAAAUCCAAA